AUGCCUAGCACGUUCUUCUGGCCGAAAGUGGUCAGGGUGAUGCCGGGCGGCUACCAAUACGACUAUAGCGCUGUGAGGCGGUGGAGCAGCCAGGUGAGCAAAGUCUCAUAUAGACACACACUUGCAGAAUGAAUGGGUAUGGGUUGUCUCAUGUGGUGUCACCCAGGCGAACGUCAACGUGUUCGACCUGGAUUAUCUGAUGGUGCCGCUGCAUGACGGCUAUCUGACUAGCGCCGGGUUCGCCGGCACGCACUGGACCCUCGGCCUGAUGGACUUCAGGUACACAUGUCCGUCUGUCUGUCUGUACGCAUGUAUCUGUUUGUGUGUGUGCCAUCACACCGACAGGCGCAAGCGCAUCCGUGUGCUGGACUCUCUGGGCGGCGGCGGUACCAACUGGAGCAAGGAGAUCAAUGCCACGUGAGCUUGCACACAGGCACUGAUGGCCAACACGCAUGGGUGUAUGGCGGCUCUGUGAAUGGAUGUGUUGCCAUCUCUGAAGGCUCUGCCAGUACAUCGCCCGCUACCUGCAGGACGAGCACGCCGACAACUCAAGCGUGAGAUGCCGGACAUCGCACAGUCGAGCAAGGAAAACGAGGUCAGUGCUUGAGAUGCCACCCAUCCAUUCACCCCUCCGUCCACACCCCGCGCACACCUAUCUAUCUAUCUACUUGAUGCAGGCGCAGCUGCCGCAGCAGACCCACAGCUGCGACUGCGGGGUGUUCAUGCUGCUCUUUGCCUUCCGUAUCCUCACCAAUACGUAAGCACAGAAGGCUCACGAACACUGAGGUAUGCGCACUUUGUCCGCGUAUCCACCUGUUGCUGCGUAUGUGCAGGCCGCUGAAGGAAAUAAACUGCGAGAGGAGCGGGUCAUACGCCAUCUAUGCGACCGGACAGCGCGACCUCGAUCAGGCCGUCCUCAUCACAAGGGCGCGGAGGCUGCUGGUACGGACAUAGACGCCCUUGUGUAUAUGUGUGGAACAGCCACACGAGAUGUCUGUGUGUGUGCUGUGGUGUGCUGCAGGCGUUGAGUAUCAUGAGGGGCGAGCUGCCCAUGUACACAUACUGAUGUGCGUGUCGGCGUCAGCACAACCCUGCCGCUGAUGGGAAUGCACUGAGGCCGCCUGAGCAUGCUGAUGCAUUGCUGCAAACGAGAUCCUGGCGAGAAGAGAAACACGUAGAAAGUUGCCGCCAUGCCGCCGCCCGAGUUGAGAAUGCCCUCGCCGGCACCAGCAGCAGCAGUUGCACCAGCAGCGGCGACGAGAGCAGAUAGAGAGGCGCCGCCGCUCAACCUCAUGAUGGCGUCCGCCGCUGACACUGCCGCCGCGUUCGAAAGCUCAAAUUGCAGAGGAGGCGCGCCGUAAGUCACAAGGGAAUGCCCGUUAGUCAGCACGCACGAGUGCUGGGUACGGUGCGUGUGCACGGCUCUUUCCAUGUCCGUUUCGGUUUACGAUGCAGAACUGAUAGAGGUGCCGAGAUGGCGGCUGGAGAGUUUCGUCAAAGAGCACCACUAUUCAAAAGUGAGUCUUCAGGCAGCAACAGUGGGGACAAUGAACGAGAUCCACAAUGGUGUCUGUGUGUCUGUGUGCGUGCAGGGGAGUCGAGGGAGUUGAGUGAGGCGCUCGACCAUGCGAGGGCCAGCAUCAUCAAACUCGAGCAGAGACAGGUGCGACCAUGCACAAAAAGUACACCUAUGUCGCUCGAUGCUCUCUCUCUGCACGCGAUGCGAUAUGUCCAUCUGCGCAUUGUGCAUUGAUUGAUGUGUGCAGACGAGACUCGCGGAGAUGGUAGUGCAGCGAGAAGUAAGCAAAGCAGACAGACCUUCACACACAAGACGCUGGCGCCCCGUACGUCGAUCCAUCCAUCCAUCCAUCCACAUUCAUUUGUGUGUAUGCUGCCAUCCCAUCCAGGCCGCCAAGAAGAAGCUACAGGCGCCAUCUGGUCCCGCGUGCCACUCCUCAAGGCCUCAGCACUCAAUCUGCCCGUCAAGUGCGACCGACACCCAUCGCCCC